AUGAUUGCUAAAAGCUUGCUGGCCUGGCUAGUGGUUCUCCCCCAUCUCGAUGUGGCUGUCGCCAUGAACACCAUCAGGCCUGGGAACGGAGACGCUGCCCUAGCUUCGUUCCGAGUCGUGAAUGAGCCCAACCAACUUGCAGAGUCUGCAAACACGAAAGUUGCAUCAUUUCCGAAGUUGUUCCCGGGACUGAGGUCCUGGAGCAAAAGAUUGACGUGCAAAGAGAUUGCCAUUAUAGAGGAUCCGAAUGACGCGGAGCGGGAGCGCUAUUACAACCACAUUUUUGGCCCGGAUGCCGAAGAUCGAAAGACGGACCGCUGCUCCACUCGCCAAUGGCUAAGCGGCGGCGCCUUCGACGAGCGCCUUGAUAGUGCUUUUCGUCACAAGUACAUAUCUAGAGAAGAGAUACUUUCCAAUCUGCUGAAGAAAUUCGGGAAGAUUGAAAACGAGCCCCCACAGGAUUUGAGCGAUGAAAUGAAGAGCGAUCUUGACGAGGCCUUACGAAUCCUAUUCCUCACGCAGAACGGCAAAGACCCCGAAACACCCACACAGAUCGCACAUUACUUCCAAGACAGCUGGAAUCAAUGUCCAGAAGCGGAAGUUUAA